AGUUCUUCUUAAUAGUACUGAGAAUAUAACAGAUUCAUGGAGGACAAAGACUAGAGCAAUACACUACCCCAAGCAUUCAGUGUGUGGCAGACUAAACAUCCACAAUGGACCCCAGAAUGGCUGCAACCCUGAAGGAGGUGAUGAGGAACACUCUGGACAAUUUCUCAGAGGUCGACUUUAAGAGGUUUAAGCACUACCUACAAGACCAGGCCCUAAUACCGUGGGGAAGGUUGGAAAAGGCUGACACAGAUGAUGCUGUGGACUUGAUGGUGCAGGUGUACAGCAUGGAGGCUGGGGCCAUCAUGUUGACCAUCUUGCAGAAGAUGAACCACAACCAGCUGGCCAUGGACUUGGAGAGGGAGCUGGGAAAAAUGGGAGACCAGCAAUUUUCUCCGGUUAGCUGCACAAGCAUCAGCCCUCUCUCUAGCAGUUUUGGAGGAGCACCUGUGCUACAGCGUGGACGGGAUUACCAUAUAUCACAGAAAGUUCAGUGGAAGAAAUCAAUCCAGUUGAAGCUUCAGAGGCACCUACAAGACACAUUUUCAAUGAUACAUCAAGAGACUGGAGACUACAGAGUACAAGAUAUCUACUCUGAGCUUUACAUUGUAGAGGGCCGGACAGGAGGGGUACACUGUACACAUGAAGUGUCAACACUUAACAUGAGACAAAUUGGAAGGGUAUCCAGCUCUGAAGAUGAACAAGUUUUAUUGGGACAACUGUUCACACACAGGCCUGCCACAAAAGUUUUGACUUUGGGAAUUGCUGGUGUUGGAAAAACUGUUGCGGUGCAGAAGUUUGUCAUGGACUGGGCUGAAGAAAAAACAAAUCAAGACAUAGACUUUGUUUUUGUUCUUCUAUUUCGAGAGCUGAAUUUGAAGAAAAAAAAUCAGUACAACCUUCUUGGUCUUCUUCUUGCAUUCUACACUGGUUUGAGAGGUUUGAAGAAUGUCGAUGAACUCAGUGAAUGCAAAAUGCUUUUUGUCCUUGAUGGUUUGGAUGAGAGCAAACUCCAGCUAGACUUUGAAAACUGCAUCAGUGAGCUUGAUGAGAAGUCUUCUGUGGACAUUCUCAUAGCAAGCCUCAUUAGUGGCAUGCUACUACCCUCUGCACUCAUCUGGGUUACAACCAGACCAGCAGCAGCCAGUCUAAUCCCACGUGAGUGCUUCAACUUGGUGACAGAAGUACGAGGAUUCAAUGACCCCCAGAAAAUUGAGUUUUUUCAGAAGAACGUCAAGAACCCAGAAAACUCCAACAGGGUCAUUAAUCAUGUCAAAAACAACAGAAGCCUACACAUCAUGUGUCACAUACCAAUAUUCUGUCGCAUUCUAGCCAGUGUGUUAGAGGAAAUACUAGAUCAGAGCAAAGGCGUUCCACCGCAAACCUUGACUGAAAUAUACACACUGUUCAGUGUUUUUCAAAUCACCAGAAUGAAUGAGAAAUACUUGAAGAAGAGGAAUGCAAAGGAGAAAGGGCAGUUCCUUGUUAAGCUUGGGAAAUUGGCAUUCAAGCAUCUGAAGAAUGGUACCUUGAUAUUCUACAAGAAGGAUCUCAAGAAGUGUAAACUCAGUCAAAAAUCUGGAGCUCUGGAGUCUGGCGUGUGCACACAGAUCUUCAAAAAGGAAUCUGCCAUAACUGGAGAGAACAUUUUCAGCUUUGUGCACCUCAGUGUACAGGAAUUCCUGGCAGCUCUUUAUGUUCUUCAUAAAGGUGUUCAGUGGGUGAAUCCCUUUCUCAAGACAAGGGCACAGAAGAUGAGUUGGCUCUUUACACACACAAGGUUUGACCUUUACAGGUUUGCGGUGGAAAAUGCUCUCGAGAGCCAGAACGGGCAUUUGGAUCUUUUUGUGCGUUUCCUUCUUGGCCUUGCUCCGAUGUUGGAGCCUAAAAUCAAAUCUCCCCUGACUAUGAUGCUGCCACAGUUAGCCGUCAGAGAAGUGAGCAUCAACAAAACAAUUCAAUUCAUCAAACAGAAGAUUAGGGAAGACAUUUCACCAGAGAGGAUCAUCAACCUCUUCCACUGUUUGAAUGAGCUAGGGGACAGCUCACUGGUAGAGGAAAUCAACAGGUACAUAAACUUGGCAGAUGAGGAGAGAGACCUGACUCCAGCCCAAUGUUCAGCUCUGGCUUAUCUGCUGCUGAUGUCAACUGAAGACAUGACUGCAUUUGAUCAAAAGAAUUACCUAAGAUCAGAGGAAGGGCUAAACAGAAUGCUCCCUGUAGUGAAAGUCUCAGUGAGAGUUUGGCUAAAUCGGUGCAACCUCUCUAAAGCAAGCUGUAAAAUGAUGGCAUCAGUGCUGCAAGAGUCUUCCCGUUUGAAAGAGCUGGACAUGAGUGAAAAUGACCUGCAGGAUGAAGGAGUGGAGCUGCUCUGUGUGGGACUAAGAGAUCCACAAUGCAAGCUGGAGACACUGAGGCUGAGUCAGUGUCACCUCUCUAAAGCAAGCUGUGAGAUGAUAGCAUCAGUGCUGCAGAGGACACCUUCCCAUCUGAGAGAACUGGACAUGAGUGGCAAUGACCUGCACGAUGAAGGAGUGGAGCUGCUCUGUGAGGGACUAAGAGAUCCACAAUGCAAGCUGAAGACACUGAGGUUAUACCAGUGUCACAUCUCCAAAGCAAGCUGUAAAACAAUGGCAUUAGUACUGCAAAGGACAACCUCCUAUCUCAGAGAACUGGACAUGAGUAAAAAUGACCUUCAAGACGAAGGAGUGGAUCUGCUCUCUGUCGGAUUAAGAGAUUCACAAUGCAAGCUGGAGACACUGAGACUAAAUUGGUGCAACCUCUCUAAAGCAAGCUGUGCAUUUAUGGCAUCAGUGCUGCAGAGGACACCUUCCCAUCUGAGAGAACUGGACAUGAGUGAAAAUGACCUGAAGGAUAAAGGAGUGGAGCUGCUCUGUGUGGGAAUAAGAGAUCCACAAUGCAAGCUGGAGACACUGAGGCUGUCUGCCUGUCUGAUUACACACAAGGGCUAUUCUUCCUUGGCCUCUGCCCUUAAAUCAAAUCCCUCCUACCUGAAUUGUUUGGAUCUGAGCUACAACCCUGGAGACCCAGGAGACCCAGGGGUCAUAGAGCUGGUGGGCAUACUGAAUGAUCCCAACUGCAAACUAGAAACUUUCAGGCAUGAACAUGGUGGAGAGUACAGAGGUAAACCAGGACUGAGGAAAUAUGCGUGUAAGCUCACUCUGGAUCCAAAGACAGCACACCGACGCCUCUUUCUCUCUCAGGGGAACAGGACAGUGACACGUGUAAGCGAGGAGCAGCCGUAUCCUGACCACCCUGAGAGAUUUGACUCCUGGGAACAGGUGCUGUGUAGAGAGGGUCAGUCUGAACGCUGCUACUGGGAGAUUGAGUGUAGCGAUGACGGGGCGGACAUAGCAGUGGCAUAUAAAGGCAUCCAGAGGAAAGGGGAGAUUUACAGCAGGUUUGAAUGUAACAACAAGUCCUGGAGUCUGAGUUGCUUUGGUAACAGAUACACUGCCCACCACAAUAAUAAGUGGACUGCCAUACCGGCCCCCUCCCCAUGCUCCAACAGAAUAGCAGUGUACCUGGACUGGCCAGCAGGCACUCUGUCAUUCUACAGCGUCUCCUCUGACACACUCACCCACCUGCACACAUUCCACUCCACAUUCACUGAGCCCCUCUACCCUGGGUUUCGAUGUUAUAACUCAGUGUCGCUAUGCCAGAUCACAUGACAUCCUAAUCCUGCUGCAGCAGACUCCUAUUUGUAUAUUUACUUAUUCAUUUGAAUAAGUCAAAGUGACUUAUACAGUAUCAAUCAUAAUUACAAUAUUGAAAGUGUGGAACUCUUCAGGAUGCUGCAUGCUAGCCCAGUGGUUAGCCACUAUGCUACCAACCAUUUGUAUACAUGAUAUAACUGUCCUACAUGUAAAUAGUAAAUGGAGUGCAUUCAUAUAGAGUAAUGUAACCAAUAUGUAAAUAGUAAAUGGACUGUAUUUGUAUAGUUUUGGGUUCAGUUUGGACUCACUCAGCUGCGUCCCAGUGCCAUACAUCACAGGAACAACACAAACUCCUGUGCAAACACCAACUUUUUCUUGAUUGGAAAAAGACAGUUAUUUGACAUGUUACAUUAAAACAUAAUUAAUCAUCAUUGUAUUGUUUGCAAAUUGGUGAACAGGUUUCUAUUUCAUAUUUUGGAAUUCAUAUGAACAUUAUAUUUUUUGUUAAUUAUUUAUAGUGUUUUAUGAUCUGUAUGAGUAUGAGUAUUUAGUAAUUUGAAUACAUCAAGAUUUAAAUUAUUUAGCUACACUUGAUGUCUUUAACAGCAUCAGAUUUGUGGUGUGUAAGUAGGCCUAAAAUUGAGUGCCUGUCACUUUAAUAAUAUUGUGAAUGUCUCACAUUUUAGGCUGGUGGAAAAUAGUUUAGCAUAGUGCAAUUGCAAUGAUACAUGGAUUAAAUGUUUGCUAUGUAUGUCAUUAGAUAAGCUUAUGUAUUCAGUCAUUAUUCAAUGGUAUACUAAAAAUCUAUGUGAAAAAAAUAACUUCUUACUGUUCUCAGGUCAAAUAUUUAUAUGUGAUUAAAAUGCGAUUGAUUUUGA